CUGGACCGUCAACGUCCCAUUUCCCGUACGGUUCGCGAAAAUCUGUCGCCGUUCCCGCAACAAUUCGCGUAGUUUGUCCGUGUGAAUUCUGUCGCAGACGACACGAGUACUUCGGUCGGGGGUUUUGCGUAAAGGGUCAGCCCAUCGAAGGAACGUCCUUCGGUAAGCAGCUGUUGGUGGGGCUCUACCACCGAAACUGUGGGUGCUUUGACACCAUAAAAUUUUACCUUUCACCUGGUUGUCAGGCGACAACGUGCAAAUCCGCUAAAGCACCCGAGUGAGUGAUGGCCGGAAUACUUUCGAUAUCGUCCCGAAAUCUGCCCCGUGCGGCGCUCCGGCUCGGUCUGCGCUCGCUAGAAGGACAAACGGGACCUCAGCAGGGCACUGUAAGCGGUUCCCGAUCCUACCACCAGGGGCGUAGAUUGUUGCCGAGCAUCGUGCGGUCAGCGGUCGCUGACAGCGGCCGUCGUUGCGAAUCCGUUCGAAACUCUAUCAAGGCGCAGAGAUGGGCAGCGAACGAGCGCACCAUCUUUACCUCGGCACGCUUGCUGUCGUCGGAGAUAGUAAAGGUACCCCCGUUUGCCGAUUCCGUGUCCGAGGGUGAUGUGAAGUUCGAGAAGAAAGUCGGUGACGCGGUGGCCGCCGACGAGGUGGUCAUGGAGAUUGAAACCGACAAGACCACCGUCGGAGUACCGGCACCUGGACAUGGUAUUAUCGAAGAGAUCUACGUUGCGGACGGCGACACGGUUAAAGCCGGUCAGCAACUCUUCAAGUUGAAGAUUACGGGCGAAGCGCCAAAAGCUGGCGCACCCAAACCAGCCGAUGCGCCGGCGGCAGCCGCUCCUCCACCACCGCCACCACCACCACCGCCUGUAGCAGCUGCUGCCCCACCGCCACCACCACCGCCACCAGCGGCCGGAGCACCUCCACCACCAGCGCCACCGAAACCGGCGGCACCGAUUAGCCGUAUGCCCGUCGCUGCCAUCCGCCAUGCGCAGGCCAUUGAGGCGGCCACGGUGAAGGUACCGCCGGCUGACUACAGCAAAGAGAUCACCGGAACGCGCACGGAGCAGCGCGUGAAGAUGACCCGCAUGCGGCUGAAAAUUGCGUCGCGUCUAAAGGAGGCACAAAACACGAACGCAAUGUUGACGACUUUCAACGAAAUCGACAUGAGUUUCAUCAUGGAUUUCCGUAAGCAACAUUUGGAAGCGUUCCAAAAGAAGUACGGCAUGAAGCUGGGCUUCAUGUCUGCCUUCUGCAAAGCGGCUGCCUAUGCUCUGCAGGAUCAACCGGUCGUCAAUGCGGUCAUUGAAGAAAACGAAAUUAUCUAUCGCGAUUACGUAGACAUUUCGGUAGCGGUAGCAUCACCCAAGGGUUUGGUCGUACCGGUGUUAAGAAAUGUGGAAGGUAUGAAUUAUGCCGACAUUGAGCUGGCCAUCGCUGGGCUCGCUGAUAAGGCAAAGAAGGGAACGCUCGCUGUGGAGGAUAUGGAUGGUGGUACCUUUACCAUUUCGAACGGUGGCGUGUUUGGAUCGCUGCUGGGAACGCCCAUCAUCAAUCCGCCACAGAGCGCCAUUCUCGGUAUGCACGGCAUCUUUGAGCGGCCGAUCGCCGUAAAGGGACAGGUGGUUAUCCGACCAAUGAUGUAUGUCGCCCUGACCUACGACCAUAGGUUGAUUGAUGGCCGUGAGGCUGUCACUUUCUUGCGCAAGGUUAAGGCUGCGGUCGAGGAUCCACGCAUCGUGCUGGCCGGUCUGUAAACGAAUACAUACAUCCAUGCCAACUGUCGCCUGUCUACGUUCACGAAGAAGAAGGAUCUCGCUAAUCAUAAAUAUGGCAGAAACCUACCACAUUUGUAUGACGGUCGAUGGAACACUCAGCAGGACAACGAUUUUAUACAGCACCAACCUAGUAAAUCGUGUACCGUGUUAGAGAUUGCACAACCGUUGCCUCAUUACUUGUUUCUUAUGAAUCUUUACCCUUUACCGCAGUUCCCACUCCAAAACCUCUCAGAGAGGUGGUACGGUGUACGAUUAGAUACGGACAAAGUUCAAGCUAUUGUAGUGU